AUGGCAGCUAUACUUCCCAUAAUAAGGCCGACUUGCGACAGCAACCCUGCCACUCCGGGAGCACAGUCAGUCAAGGAGGAUGUUCUUGAAGAAGUGUCCAAUGAUGGAAGCCAGCCUCUCAAAAGGAGAAGGUUGGGAUCUGGAGACAGUUCUCGGAGUUGCGACACAUCCAUCCAAGAAAUUGGGGCAACUUAUUUCCCUGCAGAAAAUUUGACAGAGUACAAGUGGCCCCCAGAUGAUACUGGGGAGUACUAUAUGUUGCAGGAACAGGUCAGCGAGUAUUUGGGAGUCACAUCAUUCAAGAGAAAGUAUCCUGAAAUGGAAAGAAGAGAUUUAUCUCACAAAGAAAAGCUGUACUUGCGUGAACAAAACGUUAUCACAGAGACGCAGUGUACAUUGGGUCUAACGGCUUUGCGUAGUGAUGAAGUAAUUGAUCUCAUGAUUAAAGAAUAUCCCACAAAACACUCAGAAUACUCUGUUAUACUUCAAGAAAAGGAGCGUCUUAGAAUUGCAAAGGAGUACUCUCAAAUGCAGCAGCAAAAUCCUCAAAAAGUUGAGGCUGGAAAAGUACCAGAGUACAUUAAGAAAGCUGCAAAAAAAGCUGCUGAGUUCAACAGUAACUUCAAUCGUGAACGAAUGGAAGAAAGAAGAGCUUACUUUGACCUCCAAACACAUAUUAUCCAAGUCCCACAGGGCAGGUUUAAAGUAUUGGCUCCUGAGCUGACAAGAACCGGCCCAUAUCCCGUGGCCCUCAUCCCAGGACAGUUCCAAGAGUUCUAUAAACGGUAUUCACCCAAUGAGCUGCGAUACCUGCCAUUAAACACUUCUUUGUUUGAGCCUCCUUUGGAUCCAGACCUCCCCGCCCUAGACUCCGAGCCAGAUUCAGAUGAUGCUGGGGAUGAUGGAAGGAAGCACUCAUCUGACAGUUCAUCGGGCAACACUUCCGAUGUGGAGAGCCAAGAGGGAGGUACUCCAAGGUCUAAGAUCAAAGAAAAGGCACAAGGCAAAGACAGUCACCGACAUUCGUCCUCCCACAGAGGAGGAUACAAGCCUAAGAUCAUUCCCAAUGCUAUAUGUGGCAUUUGCCAGAAGGGUAAAGAAGAGAACAAGAAAGGAAAACCUGAGGCACUCAUUCACUGCUCCCAGUGUGAUAACAGUGGUCACCCCUCGUGCUUGGACAUGACGCAGGAGUUGGUGAAAGUAAUUCAGACAUACCGUUGGCAGUGCAUGGAGUGUAAGACGUGCUCCGUAUGCCAACAGCCCCAUCAUGAGGACGAAAUGAUGUUCUGUGACCAAUGUGAUCGAGGAUACCAUACCUUCUGUGUGGGAAUGAACUCCAUACCAACUGGUCUGUGGCUUUGUGAGGUUUGUGACAAAGAUUUCACUACACCUAAAAAGAAAGGUGGAGCCAGAACACCAAAAAAGUCUAAAUCAGCUCAAAAGUGA